AUGGACUCUGCCGAUUAUUUAAAUUAUCGAAGGGAGUUCCAGGCCAAAAGUAAACAGGUUAUCAAGGAGAACUUAAUGUUGAACCUGGACCUGGUAAGGUUGUUCAUCUCGCCAUUCGAGCAUGAUACCUUGUGGAAGCGUAUGCGGGACCGUCUAAGUAGUCAGCCAGCAGUGCCAGUAACUGCGGCUAACCCGGCGAGAACUGCACGCGAUCCCUGGCCCCUGGAAGACAUGUUCGACGCAGGAACUUGGGUCUUGAAGGGACCAGGUGCCGUCUACAAUGAAUUAUUCGAUGGGUCUUUACCUAAGGUGGAUAGUUCGCCCAAGGUUGAGGCGCCAGGUGCUUCAGCUAGUAGAGGCAUAAUGACCCUCAAGAAAGAACCCGCACCUGCUGCAUUAUCGGGGGAACUGCAUAACUUCCUGGCUGAAAUGGUGGACAGCAACCGACUCAUAGUUAAAUUACUUGAGAACCAGGUUACAUCACAAGGCAAAAGAGAUGAGGAGUUACACAAGAUGUUGGCGCAGAUAAAGGCCCAACCAAGGCCAACCCAGCUCGCACCAGCACCAAGUACUCACGGACAGUUUGGCAGUGACGUGCCGGGUAACUGUCAUUUCUGUGAGACCCCUGGACAUUACCAGGUAGAUUGUCCCUACAAGUUAGAGAUGAUUACUACCGGGGAACUAGUUCAUGUACCAGGAACUCAGAAUAUGUACAGGUUACGAGAUGGGAAUCCUCCUCCGAGAGAACCCACCGGGAUGAGUCAAAAAGCAAGAAUUCAGCAUUAUUAUGAAACGCAUAAGGCUUCUGGAUCUAACCAAGUUGGACAGACCUAUAUUGCGGCCCCGCAAUUACCAGGCCCGGUGCCUCAGUACGUUAUGUCACAUCAGAUAGCAGAAGAGAAAGAGGAUAUCAGCUACUUGAGGAACAUGCUCGAAAAGUUGGUACAACAAACCUCUCACCUGGCACCGGAUAAAGUUGAUCAGUACCUGGAAGGACCACGAUGGGAAUCUGUCGUGAAAACCAGAGGCCAGCAACAUCAAGAGGCUAGCCAGGCCAAUGAUGCUCCGCAAGAUACCCAGGAUUUUCGUAAACGUUCAAUGAAGGCAGGGGAGCACCAUAAAAAGGCAGCGGCGGUGGCUGGGCCGGUCGACUCUUCACCAGAGGACGUAAUCCAAAACCAAAAGCGAGGAGCAGAGGCAGAAAACUGGCGAUCACGCCCAAAAUUGCAAAGCAAAUAUACCCCUAAUUCUAGUAGUAAUAAUGAUGAGAACCUCGUACCUGACGAUCCUGAUGUAGUCGAUCAGCGGUCCCGAUCAGUACCACCAGUGAUCUCAGUCACUGGGAAUGAUGGUCACCUGGAACCCGAAAACCCAUAUGCCGCAGUACCCGAUGUAACUUUACUUCCAUCCCCUGGCCGCGUUGAGAAAAUCUCUGUUCUACCAGGUGAAGUUAGAAAGGAACCAGCUUAUAGAAAGAAAGUAGAGGCACAGUCAGGUGACUUAGAAAAGGAAGUCUGGGACCAGAUGAUGAAGGCUCCCAUUACCCUGACAGCAGAACAUUGGCUGGCAUCAUCACCAGGUGCCAGGCAGAAGAUGAAGACCUAUGUAACUCUGAAAAGGAUUCCUACCAGCAAAGUACUCCUGGAAGACCUCACGGAUACAGAAGAAGUUGAUGAGCAGGAAGCACCUAGGGUACCUCUGGGCUCCGUAGCCAAUAUAUUGGAACCAGGCCUGGAAAACUGCAUCAGGAUUGAAGAUCUACCAGUCGAAUGCGGCUUCUAUGUAACCACUAUGUGUCAAGGUCUUGUCCCGGAAGGGUUGACAAUUAUUAGUGACCCGGUAGUUCAAUAUCUGGAAUCCAUCCCGGAAGGGGAGAGGGCCAAAACGGUAGUAGUCAUAGCUUCUUCGUCACAAUCUUUGAGAUCAGUGUAUCCACUGGUGUCCGGAAGAAAGAAGCUGGAAUGUCUUUGUGACUCUGGGUCACAAAUAGUGUCAUGUUCAGCCAACCUGGCUAAGCAGAUGGGAUGGGAAUACGACCCGGUGUUGUGA